UACAUACAGGUGGUGCACACAGCAUAUAUAGGCUAGGUUUGAAGAGCGCGCUAUUAGCACUGACCACGCGCUAAUGCAUUAUUGUAUCCUUGUUGUAUAUCUAAUAAGCGACAAAGUAAAGUAAGUGUUAACGUUGAAAGCGUGUAUAUAUAGUGGUCAACAUGACGCGUACUACCUCUGUCGCGCAUGUCACGUAAGAGGGUAAAGAUGACAGAUCGUACACUGAACAUCACUGCGUUUCCAUCGGAAUUGUUGAUAAUAAUUUUCGAAUAUUGUAGUGCGUUUGACUUGGUGAAGCUCACUCAAGUAUGCAAACGAUUUCACGAAAUAAUAGAAAAAGACUUAAUCUGGUUAAAAAAGAGCCAUUUACCUCUCGUUACGAAUCAAAAGUCGGGAAGGUUUCUUGAAAGAUGUAAUCGAGUAUUAUGUAAUCGCUCCAAGUGGCGUAUAUCCUAUAAUUGGCAAUAUGGGAAAUAUACUAAGAAACUGUUACAUCAACAAUAUAUAAAAGUAAUACCAAAGCUACGCAUGAGAUCACAUGAACUUUGGUGGUGUGGUAACAAUCUGCUCUAUGGCUUCAAACGUACAAUACCUUUCAGUAUAGAUAAUGUAAUAUUUAAAUGUGUCAAUUCUAUAUGCGAUUUUAGCACAUUUGUUCUAAUGAGAGAUUGUGUCAUAACUGGUGAUAGUGUCGGUGCUUUAAGGUAUUGGUCAUACGAUGAAUGUAAAAGGAUCCACGUUACAAGCGCUCAUGCUGAUGACAUUAUUACUAUGGACGCAACAUCAGAAGUUAUUCUUACAAGCUCAGCUGAUAAAACAAUAAAGGUAUUUCCUGCACCUGUGAAAGAUGAUGAGCUAAAGUGUUACGAUUAUUAUUACUUUUCUAUACCCAUAACAGAUAAAGUUUGGUCAAUUAAAGCUGAUGUCAAAGGCACGAAGUUUGCCGUUGGCACAUCUGCGAAUACUAUCAAACCCCUCCAUAUAUAUGAUAUUGAACAAUGCGUAUGUUUAAUGCAGCUAAAUCAUAACUGGCGAUAUGGUGCUGGGAUAUUGGACAUGGUAUGGGAGAAUCCACACACUCUACUCACUUGUGGCUACGACACGUUUAUUCGAAAAUGGGAUUUGCGAUGCGGGAAGUGCGUAAACUCAUGGGCAGAUCCAACCGAUGCAACGUUAUAUUGCAUCUCAUCAGAUUAUAAUCAUACCAUGAUUACGGGAACGCAGUUUAAUUGCAUGGCUGUUCUUUGGGAUCAAAGACAACGUGAAUACAUGCAACUCUACUUUAUGAAAUGUCCAGGGAAUUACGAUAAAUCACCGAUCUAUUCUUUAGACUUUGACAAUAUUAAUCUGUAUAGCGCCACAGAUAGAUAUCUAGUCGAGCUGAAUUUUUAUGAAAACACAAAACAAUCGUUGAACUAUAAUGGAGUAAUAAAAUAAUGAGAGAAGUAGCUAAACAAAUAUGCAGUUGUAGAAACUAAUUGUACAUAUAUAUAUAUAUAUAUAUAUAUAUCCCUCGAAAGAAUAUACAGACAAGCGAAUGAAAAUGGAGGCAAGAUGAUAUACUAUUAUGUAUUUCCUUGAGGGAUAUUGUAUAAAAAAGAUAUUUUUUAUACAGUUCGGUGAUAACAUUAUAAUUAUUAUCACAUUUUAAAUAUGUACUUAAUAAAUUCCAUUUUGUGUACUGUAA